AUGGAUAUGUAUUCGGAUAAUGAGACAAAUUUUAUCGGUGCAAAUAGAGAAUUAACCAAAGCUUAUUGCGACGCAUUGCAAGAUCCUGACUUUUUAAAUAGAACUGCAUUGGAUAGGAUGUCGUGGCACUUCAUGCCACCUCACGUCCCUUACUUUGAAGGAUUAUGGGAGGCGGGAAUUUGUAGCGUAAAACACCAUUUGUGGCAAAUUCUCGGCUCUCACACAUUAACAUUUGAAAAGCUCGCAACUCUUCUAUGCAGAAUCGAAACGUGCUUGAAUUCUAGGCUACUUGGACCUCUUACGGAUUCAUAUGACAAAUUUGCGCCAUUGACACCAGGUCAUUUCUUAAUCAGUUUCGAGAUUACGAGUCCAAAACUUUCUGUUCUGCACCUUAAGGAAAAUUGCCUCUCACGAUGGCAACUAAUUAGACAGCUUACCAAAAAGUUUUGGCGGAUCUGGCAAAUGGACUAUAUUAACAUGCUGCAACAAAAAGCCAAGUGA